UGAUUAAAGAUAUCAAUGAGUAUACCUACCCUUAAAAAUAAUUUUGGAUCCGUCACUGCAUGUUGUGAUCAAACACCGGCGAGCAACAAAAGAAGGGUGAUACGAGAGCUUGUCGAAGGGCAACACUGUGCUGCUGAGCUUCAAGCUAUUGUGGAUCAAAACUACUCUCAAAUAGGCGCAUCAGCUGAGGAACUUGUGCACAAGAUCUUGAGAUCUUUUGAUCAAACGAUUUCGAUGCUAAUCGUCGACGGCGAGGUUUCUCAGAACUGGGAUGGUUGCAGGUCUCAAGAUUCUAGUCAGAGCAGCAAGGUACCUGCUGCGGUUUCCAAGGAUGGGGGGAGAGGCUGUUACAAGAGAAAGAGGGGUGUUGAGACAUGGACAAUUGUUUCUGAUAAAAUGGAAGAUGGUCAUGCAUGGAGGAAAUAUGGACAAAAAACCAUCCUUAAUUGCAAACAUCCAAGAAGUUACUUCAAAUGCACGCAUAAAUCCGACCAAGGUUGUAGGGCUAUGAAACAAGUCCAACGAACGGAGGAUGAUUCCCAAAUGUAUCACAUCACUUAUAUCGGCACCCACACAUGCAUAGAUUCAUCCCCUCGCGGUACGAUCCCUUCGAGCAACUCCGGAAUUCCGUUCGAGAAACAUCAUUCGAACACAUUCAAUAAUUCGAGCUUGGCAUUAAAGUUCGAAUACGAGAAAGGGAUGACGCCGAGCUAUGUAACGGGGUUGGAUUCUAUGACCGAGUGGGAGGAUGUAAUACUAGGUGGUUUUGGAUGUGGGUACGGAGAUUCGGUUUCUAACAAUGAAACAAGUUGUCUGAAUUUGGAACUUGGAUGGCUUGACCAUGGUUUUGAAUUUGAUGGUGGUGAGUUUGUGUAGUAAACUCUUAGCUUAUUGUAAGGUUAAUAUUGUCUAUGGAGGGUUUUUAUU